AUGGCAAUUCGACCGAGAAUCUUCUCAGAGACCGGCGUCAAGAGAGAUCGAUAUGUUCCGGAGCAGAACGCAGCCAGGGGUUGGGUUGAGCACUACCGCGAGACUGGUAAAAGCGGCGGUACUCUUAUCUACUACGGUCCUCAAGACGGCGCUCAGACAGACGAAUCUGAGGCAAACAGCCUCGAACAACGCAGCUGCGGGUACACCAGCAAAGCGCCCGUGCGCGAUUCUUCAAAUGGGGCACGUAACGGCAACUGCAACGCUCUCAUGUCUGAUCUUUAUGACAUGACACCACGCCAGAUCUGCUACCAAGGUGACUCCGGGAAAAACACGUUCUGCUGCGUCUCGUGGCACAAAUCAAUCCCUGGCCUCAAGAAAGGUGACCUAGCUCCCUACGCCAGUGCGAGUAAGUCCAUGGUUUUUUAG